AUGACCUCGGAAGCGUUGGAAACGAAGCGCUAUGGCAAAAGACCCGUAGAGUGCCUCGUUCUGGCGUGUACGCGAGCCGGGAAGCCGUUCUUCUUCUGGAGCACUCGCCAGUGGCCGGACUGGCAGCAACGUCGACUUGUCGUUUCGCUGGGAGCGAGCGCCGCUGCUCUCGUGGCUCGCCUCGAACAUAAGCUGCGUCCGAGCUAUGGAAAGAGGAGCAAUCGCUAUCUCGUGGAAGGUGAACGACGCGUUUGGUGUUUGGAUCUGAGUAUCGACGACUGCGUUUUACUCGCGGGGGUCCGGAGCCCUGGGGGACCAGCCUCAGCACCCCAGUGCCAGUUGAGAGAACCCUCUGUCUAUCGUUGUCUGUGCCUUGCUUUACAAUCCUGGUUACGACGAGUCCUCCUGAGCCAGCUACCCACUAGCGUCUUUGCGACGCUGCACGUUCGGCCCGCCUUUGACAUGCAUCCCUAUAUCGAUAGCGAUAGCAUCGGCAGUGUACUGGAAAUGGUGCUACAUCAUCCGCUCGUCUGUAUCCGUGACCUGCUUCCGCUCAGUGGUCCCUUGUUGUAUCCGAGCCAGCGCUCCAGUCUGAUGGAUUCCAUGCAACGUCUCAUAAAGCUCGUUGAAGAGCGAGCUCGUCCAGUACGAGUCUCCGCGUGUCUCCUGGUGGACGUCGUUGCAAACGGUAUGAUGGUGGCGCGCAUUUCCAUGAACGUCGGAGCACCUCUGUAUUUGAUCAUGCUGGGGCUCGUUCGUGUCCUACACGCGGAAUCGUGUGUACGACUGCAGACCCCAGAUUACGAGCCCCUGUACCUCGUGGCUGGCGGCAGCGGACGCUACCGACUCAUCUAUGCGUUGUGUCGCGCGGUAGCACCUCAGGUGCUUGACGAGGAGCCCAUUCGCUCGCUGCAGGCAUCGGUACUGCAGACAGCUGCUGUUCAGCACGCGCAGGCCCACGACAGGUUACUGGUCAAUCUCAUAGAUUCACUGACGCCAGCGGACCUGGAACGUGAUAUCGGGACAGCCGCCCUAGCAGCCUGGCUCCCAGAACGACACACAAAAGCGCCACCCUUCGCCUUGGCCGCAAUCUUUCAGACAAGUCGCCGGUUCGUUAGUGUUCAUAUCGAUGAUGAAUCGCACUGGUGGAUUCUGGCUGCAUAUCGCCUGUAUGAGCAGCGACAACGGAGCUCGAAUGUGCGGCAUGCACCCUUCAGCCUGAAGGCGCCAACGCGCAGGCUGUCCUGCUUCCCGAAUCGCUCCUGUUACGGUGAACAGUGUAUCGUGUUUGUGAUAUUCGAGCUAUCUGAGACUGGUUCGGGACUCGUUCAGAUAACCGACCAAGUGCCGGCGAUCGUGCAAAUGAUCGCCGAUCGUUGGACCGGGCAUUUGCUGCAACUGAGUUUGCACCAUCCAAUUCUACGUUCUUUGGACCAGGAGCCUGAAUGGUACCUAUGGAGUGGCCUUUGUCGCCUAUAUGCGCGCUGA